AUGCGGGAUAGACAUUUUUCUCCUGGCUCGCUGAGUUACCUUGUCUUUCAUGGACCAUGUCGACCGCGCGAUGUUAUAUCCCUUGCGUCAGCCGACAUUGUCUUUACCACGUAUGCGACGAUCGUCGCGGACAAUGUCGGCGAAGGAAUCCUUCCCUCCUUGGAAUGGUUCCGCAUAGCGUUAGAUGAAGCACACUGGAUCAGAAACUCAAGUUCAAAGCAAUUUCGCGCCGUUUCGAGUCUCUCUGCAAGUCGACGAUGGUGCCUCACUGGAACUCCGAUUCAGAAUAGGCUAGAAGAACUUGCCUCACUCGCAGCAUUUCUCCAGCUUUCACCGUUCGCGAGCAAAGCCGAGUUUCAGAAGCACAUUCUCACACCGCUUUGCGAAGGAGGUCCCGACUUUUCGAAACCAUUCAGGAGGUGGAUUCAGGCGUACUGUUUGAGAAGAACUGAGAAGCAUCUCAAUCUUCCCCCAUCUUCUGAGCACACUCUACGUUUGACCCCCUCGGCUGAGGAACAAUCCCUCUUCCAAGAUAUCCGUGACCAGACAAGACGAGAAAUUGAUGAUCAAAUCAGCAAGGCCAACUGCUCAAGGAAGCACAACAUCCUAUUCACGGCUUUGUUAAGAAUGCGCAUGUUUUGUAACCGCGGAACACUCGCAUUAUCUACGUCAGGAUCACUAGCACCCGUGGGACGUAUCAUCGGGUGUGAACGAUGUUCGUCUGUUUCCGAAGAUGAUGCGAUUUUGUUUGAAUCAGUGGCUUUUUGCCCAGACUGUGGUCGACCACUCCAGUUGUCGAGUCCUAUUUCUGAGGGGGCGCUCAGUCCGAGGGGAGACUUGAAGAUGCGUCCUGAUCUAACUUUUCAAGGCAGAUCACUUAGGCCUCAUUCAACGAAACUGUCCGCAGUGGUUGAAAACAUUGCAAGAUCUAGCGUUGAGACAAAGCAGUCAGCUGCCAAAAUUGACCAUGUCCUUAUAGACGGCCGUACAAACUAUUCAGAGAGAUCGAGGCGCUUGAAGGCAUUCAAGGAGGAUUCGCGAAUAACUGUCCUUGUGAUGUCUAUCGAAACAGGCGCCGUGGGAUUGAACCUUACCGUUGCAAACGUUGUUCAUAUUGUCGAGCCCCAAUGGAACCCUUCUGUAGAGGCACAGGCAGUCGCUCGGGCUUUGCGAAUGGGUCAGCAAAAAGCGGUCACCAUUUACCGGUACAUAAUGAAGGGCACUGUAGAGGAGCGCAUCAUCGAACUGCAAGAAAGAAAGAAGAAGUUGGCCAUUUUCGCGUUUGGUACAGAAGAUGGUAGCAAUAUAGAUGAGAAGCUAGAGGUAGGCACUCGCAGUUCGCGGAUUCCUGAUGCAAAACUAACAUAA